AUGUACUACAGCCAGUCUGUCAGGAAUUUAAAGGGAUGUACUCUGGAUAUCCACCCGACUGACACAGCUCUUGUUGUUCAGUAUAAGGUGGAGGCAACUGUUCUUGGGGAGCUGGAGGAACCCAAGGUUGUCGUCCAAAAAGAUUGUCAGAAAAUCAUUUGCCUAAAAGGCCUGAAUGCCAGCACAGACACCACUCUUGCUCAGAAGGUGGUUGAGGAAUCUCCACUGAUUCACCCAUCUAAACUCCAUGAAGUGGAGCAGUUGCUCUUCUACCUGCAAAACGGCAAGCAAUCAAAUGACACCCAGGGGAAGAAACAGAUAUCACUUCAAGACUUUCCUCCUUGUGCUGGAUUAGAAGUGGAUAACAAAGCGGGCAUCAUCAGAAUUGAUGAAUGUGAGCUGCUUUAUGAGGACAUUGAGGAAAAGACUUUUUCUCUGUUUCUGCUGCUCAACCUGGGUGAAGACACACACACAGAGCUGAAGAUGAGGAACAAAAACACUGUUCACAUGCUUUUGAAGAUUGUGGACCGUGAAGAUAAUGAGCUACUGCUGGUUGUUAUCACCAUCCUCAAGAAGCACUCUAUCUUCCUGGGGAGCAAGAUUGACAAUGUGGAAAUGUCAGUGGUAGAGAAGCUGGCCCGUUUAGUUCCCAGUGACUACAAGGAGCUCCUGGACGCCACCCUGCGCCUCCUGUUCAGCCUGUCUUUUGACACUUCUCUCCACAACCAGGCUGGAUUCAUUCCCAAACUUUCCUCUCUGCUUGCUGAUGAGGGCCAGAGACAGCUCAGCAUGUCCAUUCUGUAUAACAUCAGCAUGGACCACAAAUUUAGGUCCAUGUUUGCCGACACAGACUGCAUACCGCAGGUAAGACUGGCUAAUGUACACUGCCAGUAG